AUGGAGGUUAACUCGUUUCAAUUGGUUGAAAUUGGAGGGUGCCAUCGUGGAUUCAGUGUCAUGAACAACCAUGGCCGGGGCGAUUGCUUCUUUGCAUCAGUAUCACAGGCAUUGUGGGGAAACCAAUCGCGAAUCAAAGAGAUUCGUAGGGCUGUUGUUAACUAUGCUGCAACAAACUGGUUUAAAGUAGCACCGUUCACACACGAUGCUCAGGGCAAUAUCUAUGAUAGCAUAGAAAGUUACGCCGCUGAUAUGUUGUUUAGUGGGUGGGGGACAGAGUGCGAGUGUCAAAUAGCAGCCAUUGUUUACAAGAAGUGCAUUGUUGUUGUAGAGAACAAGAAAAUAGCUCCAUUUUCCUAUGGAGAUCCUAAACACCCAUUAGUGUUCCUGAACCACGUGCCUGGUAUAAACUCUUUUGGGGAAAGAACUGACAGUGGUGGGCAUUGGGAGUAUAUGGUUUUUGAUGAUUUUGGCCUCCCUAUGUGUGGCGAGUCAUCGCCUAUGUUAGUGUUGUCGGAAAAUGACGAGCUGUUACCUGUCAGUGUUGUGAGUGUUAACUGUCAGAACACCAGUUUGUACCAGAUACUUGCGUUCAUUUUUCAUAACCGUGAGUCCUUUGCACACAAUGUUAUUAAGAAUUGUGUUUCUGUGUACCGGAUGGAUCGAAGUCAGGACAUUCCCCAUAUAGAAUCGGCAAUUGCAAAUCUUCAACUUAGUCAGAAGAGCGAUGAAAGGGAGCGGCUCUUUAAGAUAGAGGAGGAGGGGAAAAAGAGCAGCUUACUUGUAGAACUUCUAUCAGGUCGGGUGAUUUCUGAAAAUGAAGUGCUAGAUUUCCUCGCGUUGUCCGUCUAUGCUAUGAAAAUAACAAUUGGAUCUAACGGGUUGCCAGACACUAACGGCACCGUUGGUAAUUUAACACCACCCAGUUGCGAAUCUGAUGAUAUAGCUGACGAGUUGCCAGACCCUAACGGCACCGUCGGUAUUUUGACCCCACCCUGUUUUCUUUCUGAUGAUGAAGACAACGGGUUGCCAGACACUCACGGCACCGUUGGUCAUCCUACACCACCCAAUAACGAAUCUGAUGGUAUAGCUGACGAGUUGCCAGACCCUAACGGCACCGUCGGUAUUUUGACCCCAUCUUGUUUCCAAUCUGCUCAUGAUGCACAGAGUGGAGUAGAAAUUAUGGAUGUAGGUGAUGUACCUGAAAGGCAGCCGCAGGCGCCAACCGUUACCGACUCCAACUCUGACAUUCCCGAGCAUGAAAGGAUAAUGAGGGGGAAGCGUAGAUACCUGCCUGACACACAUUACAAAGUAAAACCAAGUAUGGCUGUCAAAGAAAGCGGUGUGAUAUCAAAGUGGCACAAAUGUGCGUGGUUAUUUUACGGUGAAAAAAGCAGUGAUUUUUCUCUCGUGACAUUGCCCCCACUUGAUGUUGAAUGUCCAAAUUGCAAAGCUCUUUUCCGAAAGACGGAAAUACGACAGAAAAACAAAGUUAGUGCAAUGUGUUGUGACUUUGGUAAAGUGCGUCUUCCAGCUGGUGCAACAUUUAAAGAACCUGCACCCGCUAUUAAAGCAAAGUAUGUUAGUGACGACACGCAGAGCAAAGCUUUCCGCGCAGCCCUUGUAUCCUACAAUCGUGUUUUUUCUAUGGCAUGCGCCGAAGGCAACCUUCGCAGUAUCAAUACUCGUGGUUAUGAGUCAAUGAUAGUGAAUGGGCAGUUGCGUUUUGUUGCCAAUUCAUACUUGAGAGGUGACGAGCAGAAUGCUGCGAAACCUGGAGAGUUGUAUUUUGUAGAGAUGUCAGGUGACGUGGCUGCAGCAAGAUUAGCUUGUUCUACACGUAGUGAUAGAUUGAAUGAAGCCACUAUCCUUGAAUUUGAGCAUUUUCUUCGCAGAGAAAAUAAACUUAUUCGGACAUUUGUAACGGCGGGUGAAAAGGUUAAGGAGGAAAAACAGAAGGCUGCCGCUGAGAAUAGAUCAGUGCGUGAUGUAAUAUUAGCUAUAAAUCCAAGGCCUUCUGGUAAGACAAGUUAUAGAGGUAUGUGGAACUAUUAUAGGAAUUAUACUCUGGACCCCAAUUUUGAUAUGCCCACUAAUGAAUACAUGGGAGCCGUCUUCUACGACGAGCUAAAGCAAGGUGUUCAUUAUGAUGUCAGGUACUUUAUUCGCCCUCAGCGAAACGGUGACGCAUCGGACAUUUUAAAUCGGGGUGACAAAGCAAGCCUUGACAUGUUAAUGUUUCCACUUCUUCACCUGCAUGGUGAGUUUUCAUGGUGUGUAACGGGAGAUCCCGAUGUGGAGUUCCCAAAGCUCUCAACGUUGCGCGAAUAUUACAAGUAUAGGAUUCAAUUGAGAAAUGAGGAGUGGAAUCCACUUUUUCUUAGUGAAAGGCUUUUCCUGCAGUAUCUUAUCACUGCAGCUAUUAGAUGUGAGUACAAUGACGUGGAUUAUCACUCACGCCCAGAACUGCAAAAGAUUUAUAUGGAGACGUACAAAACCGUCAUUAACUUUGUAAACGAGCUCGCAAAUGGUGCAAACAAAAAGUUAGGUAGGGUUGCCCUUUUGCCAUCCAGAGUUGCACAUACUGAAAGAAACCGCAGGAAUCGGUUUCUCGACGUCAUGGCAAUCACUACAAAAUUCAAGUGUCCGUCAUACUUCAUUACUAUGACGGCAAACCCACACUGGCAGGAAAUUCAGGACGAUCUCCCUGAUGUCAAGUGGUGUUUCAAACCACAGGUUGUAGUCAGGGUCUUUUUGCAAAAAAUGGCGAUCCUUAUGCAUCUCCUCGUUCAAAAACAAUGUUUUGGUAGGGCUUUAGCAUAUGCGUGUGUAAUUGAGUAUCAAAAACGCGGUCUCCCACACUGCCACGUAAUUCUAACAGUUCAUCCCGAUGACAUGCCUCAAUGUGGUCGGGAAGUUGAUCUCCUUAUAAGAGCUGAGAUCCCCGACAAAGAAAAGGAACCAGAGCUAUACGAACUUGUGACAAAGUUAAAUUUGCAUCAUUUGUGUCAUGAGAAAAAUAGAAGGAACGAAGAAGUGUUUUGCAGGUUAGACGGUAAGCAUUGCAAGUCCAGAUUUCCUAAAGACUUUUGCGAUGAAACGACUAUGGAUGGCCGUCGUGUUAAUUAUAGGAGGCGUGACACUGGUAUCACUUACAAAAAUCCGUCGACAGGAGAAAUCUUUGACAAUAGGCAGGUAGUAGCAUUCAGCCCGUUCCUUACACUAGAAUUGGGGACAAAUACGAAUGCUGAGCUAUGCUCUGGCGAUGCUCAGAGCAACAAAUAUAUAAGUCUGUACAUGAAUAAGUCCGGGGACCAAGUUUAUACCUCAAUAGCAGAGGAGAAUUUGAAAAAAGAUGGGCAGUUUGUUGAGUGGGACGAAAUUCAGUUCUAUAAAAAAAUGAGGUUUCUGGGUUCAAUGGAAGCCGUAACGUCAAUUAUGGGUGUGCCAGAAAUUUACAAAUCUCAUAGUGUCACUACCCUACCUGUUCACGACGAAGGUGAACAAACUAUUCUGUGGGAAGAAGGGGGUAUGGCACGUGCUCUUGAAAAUGGCGAGAAAACCAUGCUCACUGAGUACUUCAAACUUAAUGAAAACUCAGACAAGUACCGACACAAAAUGUACGUGGAAGUAGUAGAAACGCAUAGUUGGCAUGAGAAAGAAAAAUAUUGGAAGGAGAGAAAAUUAGGUCGCAACAAGGAAAAACGGGAGAGUUGCAUUGCCCGUUUGUGUAUUAUUCCCCUCUCCGCAAAACAUGAGAAUGAGUACUACCUUAGGUCUCUUCUGCUGAACAUUCCUGGACCCAGGAGCUUCGAGCAUAUUCGCACAGUUAAUAAUAUUGUUUAUGCAUCAUAUAAGGAAGCCUGCAUCGCGUUAGGACUUCUUAUUGAUGACAGAGAAGCAGAGCGCUGCAUGAAUGAAAUAUGCGAGUUGUUUAACGGUAAAAGUAUUAGGAAAACAUUUGCACUCAUCCUUGUAUUUAUGAGGCCUCAUGAUGCCAUUUCCUUGUGGACAAAAUAUAGAGACAACAUGAUAGACGAUUUUAAAUACAAACACAGAAUGACUGCUGACGAGAACAAUACCCAGUUAUUUACAGAAAUGGCACUGCACCACAUCCAAAGUAUCCUCAUGCAACACAACGUUACACUUGACACGUUUGGUCUGCCAUCACCAUCUAUGACAGAGGACGACAUCCGCCUCCACUGUCUGGUUACAGGUAUGGUGGAGGAAAUUUCCCUGGCCGACAAGGCAGAGAGCCUAGCAGACAUGACAGAAAAAAUUGGCACUAACCCUCAGCAGUUAACUGCUUUUAACACAAUCAUGACUGCAGUGCGAGGAAACCGCCAGUUUGGAAAUCUCUUCUACCUAAAGGGUAGAGGUGGUUGUGGCAAGACCUACCUUCUUAACGCUGUUAUUCUUACGUGUGAGGUAGAAAACAUUGCAGUCCAGGUCUCUGCUUUCACUGGGGUGGCUGCAAAGCUCCUUAGAUCUGGUAAAACAAGCCACAAAGUGUUUGGCCUGUCCGUUAAGGAUUCUGACCAGCAGCUGUUAGGAACUGUGAGCAGUAGCAUCCAGCUGCAGUCACCGCAAGCCCAACGCCUUCGUGAUUCCAAAUUAAUUAUUUGGGAUGAAAUAUCUAUGGCAACUGCAGUACAACUGGAAACCGUCAACAUGCUACUGAAAGAGAUAAUGAACAGCAAUGAACCGUUCGGUGGUAAAGUUUUGGUCGUCAGUGGUGAUUUCUGUCAGUGCUUACCCGUUCUCCCAGGAAAGGGACGCAAGGACAUUGUUGAGGCCUGCGUCCCCUCUAGCCCCUUGUGGCAAGAGUUCAAGACACUUAAGCUUGACAAAAACAUGAGAUUAAAUUCUGACGAUCAGGAAUUUGCCGAUUGGAUGGUUAGUGUUGGCAAUGGUUCUGCAAAUAUUCCGGGCAGCACAAGGGUUGAAAUCCCGAAUGACUUAACUGUUGAGUCAAGAGAGGAUUUAAUUCAGCAUGUAUUUGGGGAUUUUUCUCUCCCUUUGAAAGGCGAUGCUGCAAUACUAUGCCCUAGAAACGAUACAGUAAAUGAAAUUAAUGACAUCGUGCUGGAUAGAAUCAAUGGUGAAGAACGAGUUUAUUUGUCAGACACAUAUAUCAAACAACAAGGAACUGCAAUUCAGAAUUUUGAGGACCAAGGUCUGACAAAAGAAUAUCUUGAGACAUUGAAUCCAGCAUCUCUACCGUUUCAUCGCUUGCGGCUAAGAGUAGGGUCUGUGGUCAUGUUGAUGAGAAAUAUGAAUUUUGAGGAUGGCCUCUGCAAUGGUACGAAAUUAAUAGUUCAGGGCCUCGGAAACAAUGCACUCUUCUGCAGAGGUUUAGAGGGUGACCUUGCAAAUGAAGUUGUUAUCAUUCCGAGGGUUACUUUAGCAACAGAUGAGUUCCGGUUUGAUAGUCUCUUAUGUAGGAAACAAUUUCCAGUUCGGUUAUGUAUGGCCAUGACCAUAAAUCGGUCUCAGGGUGGUACAUUAAGACGAGCAGGAAUAUAUCUGGCCACCCCCAGCUUUUCUCAUGGCCAGCUUUACGUUGGUGUAUCACGUGUUAGAAGCCGUGGUGAUUUAAAAGUGCUAAUUGAACAGACUGCAUUACAAGGAACCAUGAGAGUAGGUAGUGAUUCUAUCCAGUACACUGUCAACGAGGUCUACGAUGAAAUUAUCCGUUAUGUGGGUUAA